AUGUCUGCUAUGAUGAAAGCCAACCUCUUGGCCAAAAUCGGAGGUCCCGAGGGUUUUAAAGUCUCCGAUCAAGUUCCCUGUCCGGUUGCAAGCAAGGGAUAUGUUCUCGUGAAGAAUAUUGUCGCCAGUGUCAAUUACGUGGAUGUUUAUUUCCGCCAGGGACACUAUCCAAGUGCAAAGACAUCGGAUCUCAUUCUGGGCCAGGAAGCAGCUGGUAUCAUCGAGGAUUUACCCGAAGAUGCGCCAUCUGACCUCAAGAUUGGUGACCGAGUGGUCUGGCUUUGGCAAGGUGGAUACGCGCAAUACACUGCCGUUCCAUUCUCCCAGAUUACCAAAAUUCCAGCCAGUGUUUCGGAUGAAGAUGCUGCUGGUGUCUUCCUGACCGGAAUCACGGCAUUGGCCCUCACAACCGACGCGCACCCGGUCCAGAGCGGGGAGACGGUUUUGGUUCACGCUGCUGCAGGUGGACUCGGACUUCUUCUAUGUCAACUCCUCCGCGACCGUGGAGCGACUGUUAUUGGGACCGCGGGAGGGCCGGAAAAGUGCAAACUAGCCCUCAAAUUUGGAGCAAGCCAUGUAAUCGACUACCGGAAAGACCACGAAUGGGCAACUAAGGUUCAUGAAUCGACUGACGGAAAGGGUGUUGACGUGGUGUAUGACGGUGUCGGCAAAGACACGUGUGAUGGCAGUUUUGCAGCUGUGAAGGCUUUUGGAAAGAUCGUGUUUAUUGGAAAUGCCAGUGGCCCCAUUUCUCGUAUUCCCGUAGAGAAACUCGCAGUCAAGAAUAUCAGUGUCAUGCGCCCUGCUCUCAAAAACUAUAUCACUGCUGGCGACCGAAUGGCACGCUACGGCAAGGAAGCUCUUGACAGGGUUGCGUCUGGGCAAUGGGUUGUCCAAAAGCAUGAUCGACUCUACUCCCUCGAGGAUGUUGAGCAGGCUCACCGAGAUCUGGAAAAUCGGGUUACAGUUGGGAAAUUAUUGAUUAAAAUCUGA